CCCACGAUCUAUUAGAACACGAGUUAUGUGGGUGUUUUGCACGCAGUGUCAAAUGAUCCCAUUCUUGCAAAAAGUUUCUGCCUUUCUAACGAUUCAAUUUCGUCCUGUGGAGUGGUGCAUUGUGCAUAGACGUUAUAUAUAGCCUUCUUAAGUAUUGCCCUCUUCUGAGUGCCAGGUUUCAUUUAAAGCAGCUCAGCUCCGCUUCGAGCGCCCAGAAGUUAAUCGUCCACGCCAUGUCUGUAAACCCCACUUCUGAAGUCCCUGCCAGCGAAGUCCCCGAAAACUGUCGAGCUCCCAAUCAUCCUAUUUUGAGGUUGGCGUUCAAAUUGUUGUGCAUUAUUGCAGUCUCCCAGAAGUCUCUCGACCAUUGGAAAGAUACAAAGAACAAAGAAUGGAAGGAGCAUGUCUCAGUGAUGGUCAAUCGCUUUCAGAACUCAAACAUCACUGCUGGGCUCGUACUCGCAACCACUACUCUAUUCCUGUCGUCUGUGCCUCCUAUCGAGCAUUUGAUGGCUUAUAACUCCUCGAUCUCGUAUCUCUUUGCCAUGAUUUCAUUUAGUGCUGCAUUGCUCAGCGUGAUAUCUGGAGCUGCAGUGCUUGUUAUCUAUGAGACUAGCACCAGUAACAAAGACAUGGAAACCCUCAAACACAUGCCACGCCACCAAAUCGUCGCGUUGCUACUAUGGUUAGCAUACCCCUCGAUCUGUCUGUCAGUCGCUACUUUCUGUUUGUUUGUGUCUAUCUUUAUCGCCUGCUUCUGGUCUGACAAUAUUGUCGUCAACAUCAUAACUAUCUUGGGUUGUGUGGCCUUCCUUGCAAACGGAGUCCUUACGAUAUACGUAUACUGCAUUGUGGGCGGAAAGCAGGUCGAUGAUAAAAAAAACAUCACCCCCACAAGCUGUUGAUAGGCACUAGGCGCUGCAUGCCUUCGGAUGUGACUGGGUGUGAUGAUUAAUAUUAUAGACCACUCAGGGUUUGGA